CUGUUCUGGUGGAGAAGCCAUGAAAGCUGUGGUCGUCGUUAUGGAGAGUGAUGAUACUGGCAAUCGCCUUCGCUUCCAGCUGGAGUUGGAGUUUGUGCAGUGCCUGGCAAACCCCAAUUACCUAAACUUUCUUGCCCAGAGAGGAUUCUUCAAGGACAAAGCAUUUGUCAACUACCUUAAAUACCUGCUCUACUGGAAAGAACCAGAGUAUGCCAAAUACCUAAUGUACCCCCAGUGCCUGCACAUGCUGGAGCUGCUGCAGUAUGAGCACUUGCGCAAAGAGCUGGUCAAUGCCCAGUGCGCCAAGUUCAUCGAUGAGCAGCAGAUCCUGCACUGGCAGCACUACUCUCGCAAGCGCAUGCGUCUCCAGCAGGCCCUGGCCGAGCAGCAACAGCAGCAGAACAGCACCUCUGUGAAGUGAGCCCAUUUGGCAUCCCCAGUGAGUGCAGGAGGGACAGUUGCAGUGGCGGCACUACUCUGGAAUCAUCCAAGCAUGGGGCUGCCUUGGCUGAGCAGCCACAGCACAAAA